AAAAAUUAUGUCGCUGACACGGGCAUCAUGUAGUACCGCAUGUACCACACAUCUGCGCAUCACCACCGACGAAAACCCACCACCACUCGAAAAAGAGACCGCAAUUGAGCCUUAUUCAGGCUCCCCCCGGUCCGCCCGCCAUGGCCUUCACGAUGCACUCGCACUCGGGCCAGUUCUGCCCGGGCCACGCCGUCGACCAGCUCGAGGACAUCGUCCGGCACGCCAUAUCCAUUGGCUUCAAGACCAUGGGGCUGAGCGAGCAUAUGCCGCGGUACGAGGAGCGGGAUCUGUAUCCAGAAGAGCUCGACGACACCGACGCCGCCGGCAACAGCGACCCCCAGGCCAGCCUCGCCGUGCUCCCCCCGCGGCACGAAGCCUACCUCGUCGAGGCCCAGCGCCUGCAGGCCAAGUACGCCGCGCAGCUGCACAUCCUCGUCGGCUUCGAGGCCGAGUUCAUCCGCCCGUCGUACGCCCCGCACGUGCUCGCCCUCGCCGCCGACCCUCGCGUCGACUACUUCGUCGGCUCGCUGCACCACGUCCACGGCCACCCCAUCGACUACGGGCCCGAUGCCUACGCCGCCGCCGUCCUUGCCGCCAAGAACAAGGAGGAGGACCGCCCGACCCCGCGCGACGGUGAGAAUGUGGAGGACGAGGAGACGACCCUCUGGGAGGACUACUACGACCAGCAGCGCGACAUGCUGCUCUCCCUGCGUCCCCGCGUCGUCGGGCACUUCGACCUCAUCCGCCUCCUCGCCAAGGACCCCGCGCGCGACCCCCGCGCCUGGUCCGGCGUCUGGGAACGCGUCCUACGCAACCUCGCCAUCGUCAAGGAGCAGGGCGGCUGGCUUGAGUGCAACACGGCUGCCCUGCGCAAGGGGCUCGCCGAGCCGUACCCCUGCCGCGCCAUUGCCGAGGAAUGGCUCAAAAUGGGCGGCAAGUUCACCAUGUCCGAUGACAGCCACGGCAUCGCCCACGUGGCCACAAACUACGCCCGCGGCGCCGCUUACCUCGAGAGCCUCGGCGUCGAGCACGUCUGGACCUUUCACCGGCGGCCACAGACGGACCUCGGCGACGGCGGGGCCAGGCCCACGCUCGACGAGGCGGCGGUACCGCUGCGCGAGUUUACGCAGCUCUUCAAGUAGCUCAAUCCGGCUGCGUUUUCAACCACCACAUCUCAUGUUAUCUUCACUCACAUGCGCGGCACUACUAUUGGACGGGGCGGCAAGGGAUUUUUUUUUCCCCCAUCUGGAUAGACAUUAUACAGUAUACACAGGGGCUCAAUUACAAGGGUAUCAUAC